AUGACCACAUCAGAAGACACAUACUAUUUCGUUCCCGGCCUUCGCUCCCUUGACCCUUUGGCACGUGAAAUCGACCUCAAAUCUCAUACCUGGGUGCGAGCUAUGGAGAUUGACGAUACCGACUUGACUUACGAGGGUAAGUCGCUAAGCUCGUGGUUCGAAGACGAGCGCAGUCGCCGUAGCAGCCACAGCAGCCACAGCAGCAACGAUGAAAACGACGAGGAGGACAAAUAA